UUGUGUUGGGGGGUGUAGGGCAGCAAGGCCCAGCACCCAUAAUUCCCUCCCCCACAGAUGGCCCUUUCCUCUGGGCCCCGCCUGGUACCAGGGCCGACCCCAGCAGGGGGACUGCGCCUGGAAGCUGUAAUGGAGGUCCUGCAGAGACAGCAGGCUGCUCGUCUGGCCCAAGGGGUGGGGCCCUUGGUUCCUCCACAUCCACCGCUGCCAUCCCGACCUCCCUUUCCUAGUCCCCAGACCCUGCAGGCUCCAGAGGGGGCCUUAGGGGAAAUUGGGGCUGAUGAAGAGGAGGAUGCUGAAGAGGAUGAGGAGGGGGAGGAAGCUGGAGCAGAGCAGGAGGCAACUGAUGAGAGUUGUCCAAGGGCCCAGGGCCCCAGCUCACCUUCCAGCCAGCCCCCUGGACCCCAUCCCCACGAGUGGACCUAUGAGGAACAGUUCAAGCAGUUGUAUGAACUUGAUGCAGACCCCAAGAGGAAGGAAUUUCUGGAUGACCUGUUUAGCUUCAUGCAGAAGAGGGGGACACCAGUGAAUCGUGUGCCCAUCAUGGCGAAGCAGGUGCUGGAUCUGUAUGCGCUGUUUCGCCUGGUGACCGCUAAGGGCGGCCUGGUGGAAGUCAUCAACCGAAAAGUGUGGCGGGAGGUCACGCGGGGCCUCAGUUUGCCCACCACCAUCACCUCAGCCGCCUUCACUCUCCGCACCCAGUACAUGAAGUACCUGUACCCGUACGAGUGCGAGACGCGGGCGCUCAGCUCCCCGGGGGAACUCCAGGCCGCCAUAGACAGCAAUCGGCGCGAGGGCCGUCGCCAAGCUUACACCGCAGCUCCGCUCUUCACCUUAGCAGGGCCACCCGCUAGGGGCGCUCCCGGCCCCGCCUCUGGCCCUGGCCCAGCCCCGCCCGCGCCUCUCUCCGGCCCUGGUUCCGGACCCGCCCAGGGUUCCGCCUCUGGCCUACCAGCGCUUGCUUGCGCCCAGCUGAGUCCCAGCCCUAUUAAGAAAGAGGAGAGUGGAAUUCCAACCCCUCAUCUGCAACUACCUGUGGGCCUUGCCUUGGGACCAGCACGGGAGAAGUUGGCAACAGAGGAGCCUCCAGAGAAGAGGGCUGUGCUAAUGAGCCCUAUGGACCCACCUCGACCCAAUGCACCCCCCAGUUUCCUGCCCCGCAGCAAAGCUCCCUUGAGGGAAGAGCGGCUGGAUGGGCCCCUCAAUCUGGCAGGCAGUGGCAUCAGCAGUAUCAACAUGGCGCUAGAGAUCAACGGGGUGGUCUACACUGGUGUUCUCUUUGCUCGCCGCCAGCCUGUGCCAGCUUCCCAGGGCCCAACCAACCCUGCACCCCCACCUUCUACUGGGCACCCUUCCAGCACCUUGCCCUGAGAGCUCCUAUUCAGAACUAAGAGUCCCAGCUCCAUUGCUGAGGGGGGAGGAGGCACCCUUCUGCCUUGAUUCUUUCAGGAUGCUCACUCUGGGACCCAGCCCUGGGAGAUGACCACACCCCACCUCCAUGCCAAAAGGUUUUCUUUUGACGUUCCAUCUACCUCAUUGUAAAAGGAGGGCACCACCUCCCUAGUCAAUUCCAGCAGCAUCUACCAAAGGAUUCUUCCAGAAGCAACCCCCAUAAUCUUGUCAUAUGCCCUUUGUGUCAAUAUCAUCUUUGGCACACAGCCUUUCAGGAGCCAGGUGAAGGGUUGGAUUGGGUGUUGUUGAAGAUGUCCCUCAGGUUACAUUUCCUAAUAAAGUUGUGCUCCCUCCCACUCCA